AUGGCGGAAAGUGUACCAACAUUGACUCUGAAUAAUGGAUACCAAAUGCCUCAGUUAGGACUGGGGACAUGGCGAGCUAAACCAAAUGAAGUGGGAGCUGCCGUGAAACAAGCCAUUGAUUUGGGAUAUCGUCACAUUGACACCGCAUGGGUUUACGGUAACGAACGGGAAAUAGGAGAUGCCCUGAAAGAUGUACUGAGUGACGGCAAAGUAAAGAGAGAAGAACUGUACAUUGUAACCAAGCUGUGGGCAACAUUCAUGGCACCUGAGUGUGUUCGUAGUGGAUUUAUGGAGUCUUUAAACAACUUACAAUUGGAUUACGUUGACUUAUAUUUGAUACACAUGCCACAGGCACUUAAGAGUGGUGCAUCUAAAUCUGAAGUCAUGAAAAACGACAAAGGUGAAGAGCUGUCUGAUGACGUCGACUAUGUUGACACGUGGCAGGAAGUCGAAAAACUUGUUGAUGAUGGUCUUGCAAAAUCUAUCGGCGUGUCAAAUUUUAACCAUAAACAGAUUGACCGUAUUUUGAGAAUUGCAAAACAUCGUCCUGUGACAAACCAGAUUGAGGUACACCCUUACUUAACAAGAACAAAAUUACUAGAAUGGUGUCAGUCAUAUGAGAUAAUUGUUACAGCAUAUAGUCCACUAUGUUGCCGAGGAAGACCUUGGGCUAAAGCGGUCGAGCCUGAUAUCACAAGAGACCCAUUACUGCUGUCCAUAGCCGAGCGACACGGCAAAACGUGCGCACAAGUGGCCCUCAGAUUUGCCAUUCAACGAGGCUGCUCGGUUAUUACAAAAAGUGUACAUCGAGAUCGACUACAAGAAAACAUUGACGUGAGUGGAUCACACGAUAAUACACAUUGAUGUAUUCGAUUUCAAAUUGACCACUACCGAAUUGAUCUCAAUAGAAGCCCUCAAUCGAAACUGGAUGAUCGGUGGGGAACGCAUUUGGGCGAGACGCCAAAAUCACCCUCAUUACCCAUUUCAUGAAGAAUUUUGAAAAUAUUAACACAGAGGAUGUAUUUUGUGUUUACUGAACGAUUAUAUAAAUACGAUAUUUCUUUCAUCAUGUGGAUAUAA